AUGGAUUCUACCAAGGGUUAUGUGUAUAAGUGGACAAACUACUUGAAGGGCUAUCAAAAGCGCUGGUUUGUUUUACAGAAUGGACUGGUAUCGUACUACAGGAGCCAAGCAGAAAUGGCACAUACAUGUCGUGGCACUAUCAACCUUGCUAAUGCAAUCAUCAGGAGUACAGGGCCGACAACUUUCGUCAUUUCCAACAGUAGUACGCAGACAUUCCAUCUUAAGACAAGUUCUGAGAGCGAACAAAAAAAGUGGGUAUCAGCUCUCACUUCUGCUAAAGCAAAGGCGCUAGCUUUGAGGAAACAAGGCGAUGACUCAGAUGUUUAUACUGAUGGUUAUGAAGAUGAUGAAGAUUAUAAAACGUCUUCUGCCACUGAUGAGGAUGGCGUUAGGAUCAUUAAUGAUGCGCUUAUCAAACUUGAAGCUCAUGUAACUGAUCUUGAACGUCAUCAACAGACAAUGAGUAGAAAAGGUGAAGAGUUACAACGUUCCAUCAGUGAUGUAGAAACUGCUCGUGAUCCCACUGAAUUAUUACAGCGUUUCAACUUGGCUCGUGAACGUGCCACAGUUUUCAAGGUUGCAAGUUUGGCGAUGGUUAAUUCAUGUUCUGAAUUCACCCAUUUCACACGUGGUCAAAUAGGACGAUGGCAGCGCAUAUUCAAUAAUCAAAGUGAACGUUUUACGUCAACUAGAGUGUUUAACAAACAGAAUAAUCCACAGUCUACUGUCACACUUAAUUCAGCUGGUGGAUCCUUCAAUUCAUCUUUUAACAAUAAGACUAUUUGUCGACCUCCUGGCCAAGCAGUUCGCGUACAACACUUUUCAAGUAUGGAAAUAUCUCAUCCAGAAGAAAACCCUACUGAUCCGUCUAUCAUUUUCCAAGAAACUGAAACACUUAGUGCUAAUAAAGAAGACUCGAAUGUUGGUUACAAUAAGUCCUCAAAAGCUACAACUGAAUGUAAAGGCCUGGCAGAAUCUUCGUAUCACCCAACUCACCCCAGAGAAGUUUCUCAUCAACAUUUCUCUCAUCACCCUAUGGAAGAUAGUUCUGACGAGGAUUUCUACGAUGCGGAGGAGGCAAAUGCCGAGUUUUCAAUAACAUUACCAGAACUUUCAGUGAAUGAAACAAAAAAUAGUGAAAAUAAAAACUCCAGUAAAGGGUUUAGGAAUCUGUCUGAUAAUAAAUCUAGUGACCAUCAUACAUGCCUAGGUGGCUCUCAAGAUGAUGAUUCUUUGAUACCUACUGGAUCUGAGUUAGCUGAUGAGUACGAAUCUGAUGUUGGCUUCACAGAUGAUGAAGGAGACGAAUAUAAUGAUCGUAGUUCACAGUCAAAUCAGUUCAGAAAGCUCCGCGAGGCGCGUGUUAUCCAACCACGUGGACGACAGUGUGACAGUCGAACCGGGACUUUAGUUGCAUCUGGUGACCGUCAAAUGACACAAGAUAUCUCUCAGGAUGGUAAAACUGACAAUCAUAUCAGUUCUCAAAAUGAUAUCGAGCCAAAUGUGAUAACAAAACGCUCACCUAUCAUAAGAAGACUUUCUAUACCUCCAAAACCGAAUAUAAGUUUGAAUCUAUGGAGUAUCAUGAAAAAUUGCAUUGGAAAGGAGUUGACUAAAAUCCCUAUGCCUGUUAAUUUCAGUGAACCAUUAUCAAUGCUUCAACGUUUAACAGAGGAUUUUGAGUAUUCAUCAUGUCUGGAUAAUGCUGCUGCAUGCCAAGACUCACUGGAACAAAUGGCGUAUGUGGCUGCAUUCACUGUAUCGGCGUAUGCUACAACUGCAGUACGUACAAAUAAACCAUUCAAUCCCUUAUUAGGUGAGACAUAUGAAUGUGAUAGAACUGAUGAUCUUGGUUGGAGAUCUUUAGCUGAACAGGUCAGUCAUCAUCCACCGGCAUGUGCUUUACAUUGUGAAAGUAAUACUUGGUACUGUUGGUUUGAAUUUUCUAUGACAACCAAAUUUCGUGGUAAAUACUUACAAAUCAAUCCAGUGGGUACGUGUCAUUUAGUAUUUCGUCGAACUGGUCAUCAUUACACAUGGCAAAAGAUUCCUAUGACUGUUCAUAAUAUCAUUGUUGGACGCUUGUGGAUUGAUAAUAGUGGUGAAAUGGAUAUCAUCAAUCACAAUACAGGUGAAAAAUGUCAUCUUUCUUACAAACCCUACUCAUAUUUUUCCAAUGAAAAACCUCGUCGAGUAACUGGUGCUGUUUUGGACAAAUCUGGCGCUGUACGAUUUGUGUUAAACGGCACCUGGGAUGACUCACUGGAGUAUGCACCUGUGGUUAGCGCCAGGCAUACGCGUAAUGGAAAACCAGUAUUGGAAACUGGUCCUGCACGCAUUCUGUGGCAAAGUAAUCCUUUGCCGCCAGAUGCAGAUCGGAUGUAUUACUUCACACGUUUGGCUUUGCAGUUGAACGAACCAGAAGAAGGUGUAUGCCCUACUGAUUGUCGCCUACGACCUGAUCAGCGUCUUAUGGAAGUCGGUCGUUGGGAUGAAGCCAAUAGAUCAAAAGUACAACUUGAAGAACUGCAGCGUCAAAGAAGACGUCAGAUGGCUGCUCAAUUAGCUGCUCAGUCGUUUGCUUCCAACAAAGAGGAAGAUGAAGUCAAUGAUGCGCACAGUAAAUCUGUGGAUUCGAGUCCUGGAAGUAAAUUUGAUUACUCUCAGUCAGGCCCAUCUGCCAGUCAUUUUCUUGAUAUUAUUGAUAGUCAGCAUAGACCAUUAUGGUUCACAAAAGAAGUCGAUCCAACUACGAAUAAAGAAACCUAUAUUUUCAAUGGAAAAUAUUGGGAGCACAAAUUAACUGGUGACUGGUCAAUGUGCCCAAGCAUCUUUUCAUCUUCAUAG